UGCGCGGGGAAGCGGAGCGGCAGCCGCAGCACGGAGCAGUGCGCGAAACAACAGCAGACAUGGCAAGAGAUGGCGAGGGACGCGAGCACACCGAUACAUGCACUGCUGAAGGGACGGGGGCCUUAAAAUUACAAAAAAAAGACAAAACUUUAUAAAACAUAGAAAAAGCGAAGGAAAAAAUCAGAAAAGAAAGCAAAGAAAAAAAAACAUUCAAGAUAAGAACAGAACUUUUCCAAUGAGAGCACUUCUGUGGACACUGCUCCGCUAUAUCAGAUAGAUGAUUUGUCCACACGCUUGCACGUAUAAUGAACGCCCAGCUGUCGAUGGAGAACAUUGGCGAUCUGCACGGAGUGAGCCAUGAACCGGCGGAUCUCAUGACCGGAGACAGCGCUCAUCACAGGAGCCAUCGGAGCAGCCUGUCAGCCCAUGCGCGCUCCAUGGGCAUGGCAUCAAUCCUGGACAGCGGCGACUAUCAUCACCACCGGCCCCCGGAGCACCCCGGGCUCGCCACGCACCUGCACCCGGCCAUGAGCAUGGCGUGCGAGGCUCCCCCCGGGAUGAGCAUGAGCAGCACCUACACAACCCUCACCCCGCUGCAGCCCUUACCGCCCAUCUCCACCGUCUCCGACAAAUUCCCGCACCACCAUCAUCACCACCACCACCACCAUCAUCAUCACCCGCACCAACGGAUACCGGGGAACGUCAGCGGGAGCUUCACCUUGAUGAGGGACGAUAGGGGUCUAGCCCCGAUGAACAACCUCUACUCUCCCUACCACAAGGAUGUGGCCAGCAUGGGACAGAGCCUGUCGCCUCUGUCGGGAUCCGGACUGAGCGGCAUUCACAACUCCCAGCAGGGGCUGCCGCCCUACGCGCACCCCGGGGCCACCAUGCCCGCCGAGAAGAUGCUCACACCUAACGGAUUCGAGGCACACCACCCCGCGAUGUUGGCUCGACAUGGGGAGCAGCACAUGAGCGCGUCUUCGGCUAGCAUGGUGCCGAUCAAUGGCAUCCACCAUCACCCGCACGCCCAUCUCAACGGCCAGGGCCACGGGCAGGUGCUGGGCUCCACUCGGGAGCAUAACCACUCCUCCGCGCCCGGAUCGCAGCUGAACAACGGCAGCAAUUCGGGCCAGAUGGAAGAGGUCAAUACCAAAGAAGUGGCCCAAAGAAUCACCACGGAACUGAAAAGAUACAGCAUUCCGCAAGCCAUCUUUGCCCAGAGGGUGUUGUGCCGAUCGCAAGGGACACUUUCGGACCUGCUCCGGAACCCUAAGCCCUGGAGCAAGCUCAAGUCUGGUCGGGAAACCUUCCGCAGGAUGUGGAAAUGGUUGCAGGAGCCUGAGUUCCAGAGAAUGUCAGCGCUCAGGCUCGCAGGUGAGAGAACAAUAGCAUGCAAGAGAAAGGAGCAGGAUCACGGUAAAGGCGAGCGGGGGAGCCUUUCCAAGAAGCCCCGGCUGGUCUUCACUGAUGUCCAGCGUCGGACUUUACAUGCAAUAUUCAAAGAGAACAAGCGCCCGUCCAAAGAGUUACAAAUCACCAUCUCUCAGCAGCUGGGCCUGGAGCUCGCCACCGUCAGCAACUUCUUCAUGAACGCACGUCGACGGAGCCUUGAUAAGUGGCUGGACGACGGCAGCUCGGCCAACUCCUCCUCCUCCAGCACUUGUACCAAAGCAUGAUGGAGUAAUGGCUGUAUUAUGGGAAAAGAAAUACAAAACAAAACAAAAAACUUCGGUGGAAAAGCUUUAAACAAAGAAACUUAACAAGAGACAAUUUUAGACAGCGUUUGCCCUUAAAACUUGUACAGUACCGAUAUUUAUAAUACCCAAAGAAAAACACCAAAGACUGCUUUGACCCCCAUUUAGGACUUUGUUCGUUUAUGUCUGACAUUCUGCAACAAAAAAAAAAAAAGGAAAAAAAAGGUACACUCCAAUCACGGGUCGUUCCCCAUCUAAACACACUCCCCUAACUUCCAUCUCAAAGUCUUUCUCUUUUUUUUUUCAUGUGUUCAAGGACUUUUCUCAUCAAUGAUUGGUCAUUAUCUCAAAGCGUGGAGUGAUUGUUAUUCACUCUGAUUUCAGAUUUCACCUCUGUGUUUUUAGGCAUCCCAGAUCUAGCCAGGGAUGCUAAAUGUAAUCAGGUUGUGUAGAAUCUUGACAAAGGUUGCCUGAAUGUCACCCUCGGGAUAGUGCUUUCUUCCUAAUUGUUGGAAAAGUUACAUAGGAACCUAAAAAUACAUGUGAAUUUGCCAUCUUAUCAAUCACAGAUGGUAGAACCAAAGAAACAUGUGUAUUUUUUUGAUUUAGUAUUAUUAUUUAAAUCAGACCAAACGAUGUUGAUUCCUCUCAUCAAGUCAGGUGACUCCAUACAUGUAAUAUGGACUGCAGUUCCUGUAGCCAUUGAACACAUAAUUAACUCUUAUUUGUCCUAAUGAACAAACUAGUAGUAAGCAUAUAUACGUGAGGACACAUCCGUGCCCCCGCCUCAGUCCUUCCUUGUGAUUAUUUCAGGGAGAUUUUUGCUAGCUUUAACCUGCCUUUUUUAAACCUGUUUUUUAAAUGUUUCAAUGCCAGUUGCUGAAAACCAAAGAUAAAGUUACUCUAACUAGCACCUGUCACCAUUUCACGCCCACAUCCAUCAGUCAAAUAUUGCCACAGCUUAUAAGGCGAUAUUCUUUUUAUGCUUUGUCUGGAGCAAGUGCAUGUGCAUGUUAAUUGUCAUUAGAGGAAGCAGGAGGAAAUUCAGGUUGUUUUGUGUUACAUUACAUUACAUUUCAAAAAAGUUUCACAGACUCAGAGCGUAUAUUUCAUUCCAUUCAACCAAGUUUUUCAUCGUUAGAAUGUUACACUCUUAAAAAUGCGGGUUUGUUUAAACCUUUGUUUUGGGUCAAAUAGGACAUGGGUCAUUUGACCCAAAAUUGCGUUAAAUCAACCCAAUUAUAAUGUACAGAAAAACGUUUGAACGGCUGGUGGCUGUCAGUAUGCUUUCACAAACCCAUAAGCCGUCAUAUUAGAUUCAUCGGUUUCAUUUACCAUUAGCCUAAGUUUUUAUUUCUUGAUAGAUGUCUAAUCCAUCAUUCUCACGGCAUCGACCAUCAACACCACCGCAGUGUCCCCAUCCGGGCCCGAACCCAAUAUCCCAGUAAGAGAGAGAGGGAGUGCAUUCUAUGCAUUUCACAACUAGGAAGAAAGCAUUAUUGAGACUGAAGCAGGGUGAUGCGUUCGCUUCAUAUAAUAGACUCACCCAAACUCACAAGAUAUCUGGCCUUGUUGUCUCUUGUAGUGUGUUUUAGCUUUAAAAAUAUAUUUGGUAUUUAUGACUAUUACAACAUCGAAGCAUAUAUAAAUGAGCGCUGCUUCCUCAUGUAGAAAAGCAGAAGGAAAAAAAAUGACAACAAAAAAAAGAACAAAAAAACAAAGUUAAGACCUGCUGAUAUUUAUAGAGUGAACCAAAGAUGCUACCUCAGUCCGUUUCCAUUCGUGAUUUCUAUCAAAGUAAUGAUACCAAAGAAUACCAAAGAUUUGUUCUCUUUGCACGGCCUAAAUGAAUGAUAAGGUGGAUGAAUAGAUGGUGUGUUUCCCCUCCCGGUUUCCUCCUCUCCUUCGCUCUAACGCUCUCUAUCACUCAUCCGUGCUCAUAACAGCGCCCUCGGCAGACAUGUUUUAAACUCACAGGACGAGUGCCUUGCUUGAACCAAAGUGUUAAACCGCCGUUGACCUCUCGACACCCACCUUUUAACUCUCGGAAUACCUCAGCCUGUGGAAGGGCCACUGACGAAGAAAAAAAAUGGAAUAUUUCUUCUCUCUCACCGUGGUGCUUUUGCCAGCGCAACCAUGCAAUGAAAACAUACCAAAGGAAUUUCUCUUGCUUUCUCCAACUCUCGCUGACAAACCAAAGCUCCUGCCACCUCCCCUUUUAAACGCCCAGCCCCUCCCCCCUCGCCACCUCACCAGUGGGUGUGUCCACCGAUUAGGCCGUGCACGUCUUUACCGAUCUCUGAAUACCUCAUAGUAAUAAAUUUUCACAGUUCUGUUGUAUAGAGAGUUUAUGUGAUUAAGGCAGAACUAACUAGUUUGGUAAUCAUUGAUGUUACUUCGGGAAAAAGCUUUAUGAGUAUUUAUUUUGACAGUUUUGGCGAAAGUGCUCCGUUUUGGUCACCAAAGGCGAGUUUCCGUGUUAUAGCAGACUGAAACUCGCAGAGAGUAAAAAGAUGCUUAUUUUUUUUAAAAAGCCUUGUGUUAUUCCGAUACUCUAAGGAUGUUUGACUAUUCUUUUUUACAGGGUAAAACCAACUGCUGUGAUUCUGUGUCUAUUCGUUCACUUUCUUCUAUACUACGGUGUUGUGAUUUCCGUUAAUUUAAUUGCAUUUUCUUUUUGUAUCGCUUAACCUCUGUUUUAAUUUAUGUAUUUGUAGAAAAUAUAGAUUUGUACAUAGUAGGCUUUUUUGAAAAAAAAAAAACAACAAAAACACAAAAACAAAAAAAAUGGACAUUCAUUUUAUUUCACAGCCUUAUGUCUGAAGUGUAGAUAUAUUGAUGAAUUUCCAUUCCUCUGUGUUUGUAUGUUAGAUGGCACUUUGGCCCUUGUACUAAUACACUGCCAGACAGAGAGCCGCGGAGGACUGACCUCGUCGUGGCAUAAAAAAAAGCAGUGUAUGAUGUGUUCAGUUGAUUUUAUUUUUGUUAUUUAAAUGUCCAGAAUGAUUUUGUCCUUUGUACUUCAAAUCAUUGUGUUAUGGGUAUUGCUGCACAUCCAAAGAUUUUCUAACCAAACCAAAAAGUGGGAGGGGGGAUGUGGGGGGGUGGGGGUUGCGAAAGAAAGUAGUCUACUUUUUGCAUAAGCACUGGCGUCUGUGAGGUUAUUUGCUGUCUGCACGGGUAUGAACCAGUAGAGGGCAUAUAGUGGGACAAUGUAGACAAGCUUAGUUCAACUUAAUGGGGGCAUAUACUGAUAAAGAGUACAAUCUGUGGCUUUUGGGACGGAGGGCUACAAGUCCUGCUCACUUUGCUAUGUCGGACACUGAGAGGGUGGAGCGUGGGCGGGGCAGCGGGUCUGCCGGGGGGCGGGGUCACGUCACUGGGUUGAUUUUUAAUUGACGUGGCACUGCUGCCUAGAUCCAUCUGAUGUGUCAAUUUUGGUUCGAACGUGUGUACUGACAAUGAGCAAAGUCUAAUAAAUCUGCAAAGAAAACAGGAAUUGGUGUGUGCAUGUAUGGGGAGGGCGGAAGUGUGUGUCUAAUGUUGGUGAUGUAAUGUCUGCUCCACUAGUGGCAACAAACAGAUCUGCCGAAUUGUUUUAAAAGGAAUUCUAAAUUACCGGGAGAUAAAGGUCUGCAUUCAACUUAGCGGCGUUAUGGGAUGCCCCCAAAAAUUGGUUAUUGGCAAAAUAUAGCUAUUAUGCAGUUAAGCCAUUAUGUUGGAAAAAUGUUUGUUUUGUUAGAAAACACGACUACUUUUAAAUAGACAAAUGCGCCAGCAUAUUGGCAAACUAACCAGCCGAGCUGAAAAUCACAGCAUUGGUUGUUAUUUCAGCAGUUUCCAUUUCUGUUUGAUUCUGCUAGUGGUUCAGACAUGAUUUUGUACGAGUGUGUCUGCAUAGGAUUGAAGAAACCGCUUGAAAACAUCAGGAAAAGAAUGAUGCAGAACGAUGUCCUUUAUAUCAGCAGGACUGCAGAGAAAGCCUGUGAUAGCAGUGCUUUUCGUCUCACUAUGCUGUACAAUCAGAAUUGUUUUAUUUGUUGCUGGCCAUUGGUUUCCAAUGUUGCAAAAGGGAUAUCGGAUAGAUUAUCCAGGUGCAGCGUUUAAGAUUUUUUAAGAACAGCAAAGAGUGUGAGUCAAGAUCCUCUCUGCCCACAACACAGUCAAAGACUCCACAACCCCUACAAACCCUACGCUCCGUCCCGACCCACUCCUCUAAUGUAGUGUCUAGCUUAGAUAGCUCGAUGUAUGUGAAUGUUGGGAUUGCUCUAAUCAUUAAUUCCUAUCCCAGUUGGUUGUCGUGGAAAAGGAGUUCCUAUUUGAUAGAAGGCUUGGCUCUGUGUGCCGUAUAAUACUGAGAGCGCCUAAGACAAUCAGCUGGAAAACAAAAUCAUGUUUUUCAUUUUUUUUAUAUUUAUUUUUUUGUAGGUCCAAGAGGGACUACUUCCAGCGAUGAUUAUUAUAAAGAAGGAGGAAGGUUUUGAUAAACUGAAAAAUAAACUUGCUGACAUUUUCUUUCACAAAAAGUAGCGCUUGUUUCCAUUUCGAACAGUGCAUCUUGUAUCAAGCUGGUUCUGUUUUUUUUUUUUUUACACUUCUCUUUCUCUGCCUAUUUUCUCUGUAUGUUGUGUCUGUUUCAGUGGAGGAAUGCAGUAGGUAUUACUCUCAGGUAGUAAUGCGUCAUGCUUUUCAUUUUAAAUUCCGAUCUGACAAAUUGUUUUUUUUUUCUUCUUUCCUGUUAGCUACUGUUCUCUAUAUGCCGUGCAAUAUCAUCUUCUGUGUUUGCUAAGCAAGAAAAAAAAAUCGAAAAAAAAAGAUGCAAGUAAUGAUGUCACCAUGCUUUUUUCAGUGUUAAAAUGUUUCAGCAUUUCUGUAGUCACAAAAAUGUAGAAAAAUAAAAAGGUUGGGUUUUCCAGCACAUCACAA